AUGUUAAAUUUCGCUGCUCUUAAAGCUUUCAGCCUCUAAAUGAUUCCAACUUUACUCUUGUUAUAGUUAAUUUUUUAAAUUAUUUUAAAGACUACAAGAGCAUAAAUUCUUUUCAAAUAUAGAACUUCAAAUGAUAAUGAAAUAUUGCGAACAUAAAGGAAGAUUUUUAUAUAUAUAUUUAGUGUAAAAUUAUUAUUAUUUCUAUUAGAGAUGAUAGUAAAUACAACAUCUAACCCUUUAACCAGAUAAUGUUUUGAAUUUAUAUUAAAAACGAUGAUAACAAUCGCCAGCAAUCUUUAAUGCAAGAUCGAAUCAGAUUUGGAGAACUAAGAAAUUUCAACUAAAAAAGUGUGCACAUAAAAAUCAAAGUUAGGAGAUCGAACUCAAAAAUAAGGAUUUAUGAAAACAGGAGAUAACCUCAAUAACCAUGAUGCGAAUUUUGACAAUUAAUUUUCUAUAAACGAAAAUGAAUAAAAUGAUUAUUUACUUGAAGAACCAUUAUACAAUCAUGAUAAAUCACAUUUUAGUAAUAAAAGUUUACCUGAUAAAGUCUUUGUAAACGUAAUUACUUAAUUUAAUUUCAGGAGUUUGAUUAAAUUUUACAGAUCGAAAAAUAAGAGACAAAUUAAUUUGAGUCUGAGAUAUAAAAUUAUAACAAUUAUGAAGAUCAUAGCUCGAAUAAUAUUUUAUACGUAGAAGGGCAUUUCUGGUAAUCCAAGGAUUAAUAUUGA